AUGUCGGACCACAUGCAUAUAGAAUUCGACAUGGGUCUCUUUCCUGAACACGAACUAGUUUUCAGAAAUCCCAGGAAAGCGAACUGGGAACUCUUCCGCUUUACUAAAGAAGAGGGCGGAAACAGCCCCAAACACCCCAUUACAACCAAACAGGAGCUUGAGAAUGAAGCUGAACAGCUUCACUCAGAUAUUGUAAUAGCUUUCAACAGCAGUUGCCCCCAAGGAAAGGUAAAAUCCAAACGAGAUGUGCCUUGGUGGAGUAAGAAGCUUGAGCAAAUGAGAUGCCAGGCCAGAAGACUAUUCAAUAGAGCAAAAAAUACGGGUGAUUGGAAUCCGUAUAAACUUGCGCUAACUUACUACAAGGAGCUAAGGAAAUCCAAACGAGCUAGCUGGCGAAACCACUGUGAGGAAAUAAAUAGCCUUCCAGAGGCAGUACGCCUCCAAAAACCUCUAACAAGGGAUUACAGGAAUACAAUUGCCACCCUUAAGAGACCAGAUGGGAGCUACACUCAGCAUCCGGGUGAAACCAGCAGACCCUUGCUGGAUACUCACUUCCCUCGCUGUAUAUCAGGCUACUGUCGACCAGAAUUGGGUGCUCCAACAUCCACCUCUAGAAGAGAACAAAGCCUUGCUACCAAGCUGUCCACUGUCGAGCGGGUGCAAUGGGCUUUAUCAACAUUCAGCCCAUACAAAUCACCAGGACCGGAUGGAAUCUAUCCAUGUCUCCUGCAGCAUGGAAUUAGACACAUAGCGCCGGUCCUUUCUAAACUCUAUAGAGCUUCGCUCUUGUUGGGUCACAUUCCCAGCAUAUGGUCUGAGGUUAAGGUCGUGUUUCUACCCAAAAUGGGUAAGCCGGAACAAUUACCGUCAUCCUACCGACCAAUUAGCCUCAGUUCCUUUCUUCUAAAAGGCAUGGAGAAAAUACUGGAUCA